AGAGGAGAUAGAUAGAUUGAGACUCUAUACUUGAUUCCCUGAUUUCGUUUACGCCAUUGAACUUCUCACUUUUCUUCAUUACUACUCUAAAUCAUUGAUUAAAGAAUCAUCAUCAUCAUCAUCUUAGUCAGAGGAGAGAGUUGAGCUAUUUUGUGUUUUGGUUCAUUUGACCAGUCGGUGCUUGUGAGAUCUCGAGCUUAUUUUUAAAUAAUAGAGCAAUCGACAAAAAUGGUGGAUCGGAUCGAGAUCUCGUUCCUUGAGACUUUCAUUUGCAGCGCUUUUGCUGCUUGUUUCGCUGAGUUAUUUACUGUACCUUUGGACACAGCCAAAGUAAGGCUUCAGCUCCAAAAAAAGAUCCCCACCGGAGACGGUGAUAGUUUGCCCAAGUACAGAGGCUCUCUGGGUACACUAUCUACCAUUGCAAGAGAAGAAGGUAUCUCAGGGCUUUGGAAAGGUGUUAUUGCAGGACUACAUCGUCAAUGUAUCUAUGGUGGUUUAAGGAUUGGUUUAUAUGAGCCUGUCAAGACACUUUUGGUUGGAAGUGAUUUUAUUGGGGAUAUUCCAUUAUAUCAAAAGAUUCUCGCAGCUUUGUUAACCGGAGCUAUAGCUAUUAUAGUAGCUAAUCCGACCGAUCUAGUAAAAGUUCGGCUUCAGUCAGAAGGAAAACUACCGGCUGGGGUUCCUAGGCGUUAUGCAGGAGCUGUAGACGCUUAUUUCACCAUUGUGAAACUGGAAGGAGUUGGUGCGCUGUGGACAGGGCUUGGUCCUAAUAUAGCAAGGAACGCUAUUGUAAACGCUGCAGAGCUAGCUAGUUAUGAUCAAAUCAAGGAGAUAAUUAUGAAAAUUCCAGGCUUCGGAGACAGUUUUCUAACUCAUAUGUUAGCUGGUUUAGCUGCAGGAUUCUUUGCUGUCUGUAUCGGUUCUCCAAUUGAUGUGGUGAAAUCUAGAAUGAUGGGAGACUCUACUUACCGAAACACAAUCGAUUGCUUCAUUAAAACCAUGAAGACUGAGGGAAUCAUGGCCUUCUACAAAGGAUUCAUCCCGAAUUUUACACGACUAGGAACGUGGAAUGUUGUUAUGUUCCUUACACUAGAACAAGUGAAGAAAGUGUUUCUAAGAGAAGUCUUGUACGAUUGAUUCCGUUCCAUACAUUGUUACAUAAAUUGAUUCUAAAAACCUCGAAUUGUUAGAGCAUAUACAUAUAUAUACUGAAUGAGACAGCAGGAGGGUUACAUGUUCCACUACACCAAGAUGUGAGGAGUGUAUGAUGUGAGCUUGGUCAUUUAAGAGUAAUACUGAAUCAUAUUCCUAUCCAACUUUGAUUUUCUUUUUUAGCAACAACUCUUUUAUUUGAACGGACACUUUAUUUCAAUAACAACACACGACAUGACAUUACUGCUAUAUUUGUGUACUGACAUGACAGUACAAUUAUAAGAUAUAU